UCAGCACAGCUGCCGCCAGGAGGCGCUCUUACGUUCCGUCUGCUGGAAUCAUUGCUAUUCAGCUUUUCACUCACACCCCAGUUUCCAGCUGAGAGCUCUGCCUGUGUGACUGAUCCAGCCUACCGAGGGGCUGGAGAUGGCCAGACUGACGGAGAGAGAGGCGAGGAGGCAGCAGCAGCAGCAGCAUCCCCCGCAGCAGCAGCAGCCCCGAGCCUGCCCCAUGAGCGGCCCCGAGCCCCCUGCUCAGCAGUCAGACAGUAUGAAGGACCUGGACGCCAUCAAAUUGUUUGUGGGGCAAAUCCCUCGCAACCUGGAGGAGAAGGACCUGAAGCCUCUCUUCGAGCAGUUUGGCAAGAUCUAUGAGCUGACAGUGCUGAAGGACCGAUACACAGGCAUGCACAAAGGCUGUGCCUUCCUUACAUACUGUGCCAGAGACUCAGCCAUAAAAGCACAAACGGCCCUGCACGAGCAGAAAACUCUUCCUGGGAUGGCACGACCAAUUCAGGUGAAGCCAGCAGACAGCGAGAGUCGGGGAGGUGGCGCUAACCUGACACUUGGGGCCACAGGUGAUCGCAAGCUGUUUGUGGGGAUGCUCAGCAAACAGCAGUCAGAAGAAGAGGUGACCAGCAUGUUCCAAGCCUUUGGCUCAAUUGAGGAGUGUUCUGUUCUCCGAGGACCUGAUGGCAGUAGUAAAGGCUGUGCUUUUGUCAAGUUCUCGUCUCAUGCUGAGGCUCAGGCAGCGAUACAUGCUCUACAUGGGAGUCAAACAAUGCCAGGAGCAUCCUCCAGCCUUGUGGUUAAAUUUGCAGACACAGACAAAGAGCGAACUCUACGUCGGAUGCAACAGAUGGUUGGACAGUUGGGAAUCUUCACUCCAUCACUGGCACUUCCCAUAAGCCCAUACAGCGCCUACGCACAAGCGCUGAUGCAACAGCAGACAACAGUUCUGUCCACAUCACAUGGCAGUUACCUGAGUCCUGGGGUGGCAUUCCCUCCCUGUCAUAUUCAGCAGAUUGGCGCUGUCAACCUGAAUGGACUACCAACCACACCCAUAACACCAGCAUCAGGACUACAUUCUCCUCCUGUCAUUGGCACUGCAGCUGUACCUGGACUGGUUGCCCCAUUAACCAAUGGAUUUCCUGGACUUGUACCAUUUCCUAGUAGCCAUCCUGCUCUGGAUACAAUUUACACCAAUAGCAUUGUUCCAUACCCAGCCCAGAGUCCAGCACUGACAGUGGAGAGUCUGCACCCUUCCUUUACUGGGGUACAACAGUAUUCAGCAAUUUAUCCCACAGCUGCUCUUACCCCUGUCACACACAGCACUCCACAGCCUCCUCCUAUACUGCAACAACGUGAAGGACCAGAGGGCUGUAACCUGUUUAUCUAUCAUCUGCCCCAGGAGUUUGGGGAUAAUGAGUUGACACAAAUGUUCCUGCCAUUUGGUAACAUCAUAUCAUCCAAAGUGUUCAUGGAUCGAGCGACCAAUCAGAGCAAGUGUUUUGGAUUUGUCAGUUUUGAUAAUCCAUCAAGCGCUCAGACUGCUAUCCAGGCCAUGAAUGGCUUUCAGAUAGGGAUGAAAAGGCUGAAAGUCCAACUAAAGAGGCCUAAAGACACAAAUCAACCAUACUGACCAUCCCUAGACCCAAAAGACCAAUUUUGGUUAUACAGAUACGCAAUGGACCUUUGACCCCCUCAAUCCUUCCCUAGAGGAUUUGGGGAAAAGAAUACUUUUUACCACUAAACACUCUGUCCCACCCCUGAGCCUCAUGACCUUUGUCCCUCACCCACACCCAAGGACCAAAAGGUGGCUUUGGGGAGGAGCAGGAAGAACCAAGCUACCUAAACACAAGGUUGUGUCUUGUGAGUGUUCUAUGUCUGUCUACUCAACGCCCAGGAGAGACCAUCUGUAAAGGAACUUGCACCUGAUGACCUUCCUCAAAAUGACCAAAUAUGCGAGGGGGUACAGGACGUUACUCAUACCAGAGACCCUUGGGAUGACAAACCCCCCCUCCAUAAGAGUGGCUACAGAUUUGCAGUGCAAAGAACUAUCUGUUUACUUAUUUAUAUGAACAUAUUUAUUUAUUGAGGAGGCCCAGUGCAACCUACGUACACCCCUUCCACUGCCAGAGGGCCGAUGUGGGAUGGUGUUAGACAUUAUUAUAUUUUGCUUUUUAAAUUUUUUUCUUUUUUUUUUUCACGGAGGACAGGGUGUUCUGGGUGGGCAGGAGUGGAGUACAGCAGAGUUCAAAACUCAUGUUUACAAAACGCCCCACUCACAGGGCAUACCCAUUGUUCUGCUGCUCAUACACCUGGCCCCCCAGAAAAGGGCUUGACUUUUGCAUCUGCUCCAAAACCCUACUCUGUGUCUUUCAGGAUUAAGAAAGAGUUAACCUCUCAGUGUUGCUGCGUGAAGAAAAUCUGCAGGGUAAACCUGUAUCUGCUAACCAUGCCUCAUUUCCACAACAAAGUUUUGAUGUCCCCUUUAUAUCAAUAAGGGGGUAAAGGGUAAACAACAGUGUUUGGAUUAUUAGAGUAAUAGGGACUCUUCCUACACAUAGAAAAAAUAUUCUAAAUUGCUUAACAAUACCAAGUAUGAUACGGCUGCUUUCCUAUUUAGGGAAAAAGUCCUUUGCAUAAAUUAGUGAAUGAUUCAGUGGUGAUAGGGCUCUGGCAUAGUACAGGGAUGAUUUGGUCUAUGGGAGUGUUGCUCAAAACACCAUAGACAUUAAGGCUCAGUUUUUAAAAUAUGCAAAAGCACAUUAGAUCUACAGUCUUGCAAUGACUUGCAAAUUUGCGUACAUGGAUAUUAUCAUUGAAGAUCUUUGCAUUGAAUUUCUCAUUCAAGCACACCUUUUUAACUGCACUCAUAAUAGGCUUCUAUUUUGUGGGUUACUCUUUGGCCCGUUAUCUCAUAAGCGUCUAAAUACCAUAGAGCCAAUAAUAAAUUGAUAUGCUGAUAGUUCAUUUAUCAAUUUUCCACAGUGCUGAAGCCCGUUAUGAACUCCCAGUUGGCUGCCAUGUUAGGCUGCAUUUGCACAUAGUGAUUUACACUCUUAGCUGACCACAAAUGAUCGGUUCUAGAAAUAAUCGCUAUGUGUAAAUGGGAAAGAUGAUUGAACACUGGGUCUGAAAAUGAUCUAACCUGACACGUUUUGCACGGUUAGGUUCGAUAUAAUGUCAAUAAGACAUGUCAGAAGAGUGUUGGCAGAUACCUAUUCCCUGUAACCAUCACCAGUUACUAGAACACGGGGCAACUUAUCUUAGCAUGUCCAUUUCUUUUAUCCAAUAAGAGAUCCCAUUGCAGUAAAUAGGAACUUUGAACUUCAAACCUAUAAAUCUAAAGAUCUCUGGGUCAUAAAAUAAGAAAUCUAGCUCCAGUAAUUUUUCCUUCGUUCUAGUGCCCAGUAAUAUGUCAGAGGUCACACAUUAAUGACAAUGGAAGUGUGUAAAUGCUUAGCUGAGACCAUACUGAUUGGUCUCUAAAUUCUGAAUACGUAAACCCAGUGGCUAAGGUGAUAAUACUCUUUUAAUAACUGUUGGCCAAACAUUUGUUUGGCAGACAGCUAUUUCUCUCAAUCUCCCGAUAAACAUGAACGUUUGGCACAGUCAAAUGUUCAUGUGUUUUCUAUAGAAAGAGGAGAGGUAAAGCACAGCCAGACAGCUCUGGCGGCCGCUUAAAGGGGUACUCCGCUGCCCCAGUGUUCGGAAUAUCUUGUUCAGAACACUUGGAGAGGGUGCCAGGGGUAAUGACGUCAUGGCCACGACCCCUUGUGAUGUCUAGCCCCACCCCCUCAAUGUAAGUCUAUGGGAGAGGGCGUGGUGGCCAUCACUCCCCCUCCCAUAGACUUACAUUCAGGGGGCUAGGCGUAACGUCACGGGGGGCGUGGUCGUGCCGUCAUGACCCUGCCAUCCGCACCCAGCUUUCUAAAUUAUUACAUGCUGCCAAAGAUGGUGGGUUCAGUUGGCUUUUGUCUAAAGUGUAUUGGGGCCUUUAGUUUGCCAUUGAGCCUACAUGCCAGACAUUGCUGCAGCAUCACCCUAACCAAUGAAUGGGUAGACAUCCAAUGGUGGGUUGUCAGUCCAGUAAUCUUUAUUUGGACCCAGAGCAGUCACUAAAUUUGUCUAAACACACUUUGACCAGAUAAGUCUUCAAACAGCUGCACCUAGUUUUAAAUACUAAAAGAAUAUAACAGUGGCACAGUUUGUGGCCCCCUACUGCCUGGGAUUCAUAGCAGAGGCAUAAGGGCAUAGAGGAGGAGAUAGAGCAAACUUUUGUCCGUUUCAUAAAAUACAAAAUAGAAAGCAAGAAAAGUUGCUUAAAUGUUGAUACUUCAUGGUAAGUCUGUAAAUGCUGUUGAUUCCCCAACCCCCACCCCCCAUAGUCCUAGAGGCGAGGUAACAGCCAGCUCCAAGUACAAGGGGUCGUUGCAUCUGUGGUCACUUGUAAAUACCAUUUUUAUACUUCAGACAUUCCUUAUCUCAGAUGUGAAAAGACGAGGCCCUAGUUAAGCACAAAGAAGAAAAGGGGGGCUUCUCAGCUUGCUUACCUCUCUCCAUCCUCCAGCAUACAAUCAGGACUGAUAUACAGAGAUUAUCCUAUCUAAAUGGAUAGCAGCCUCACAAAGUACAGGUUUCAUAAAGGAUCUCCAUAAUAAUCUACUGUAGGCUGAGCGCAGCUUCCGCUUAUCCACAUUUGCUUGUGCAGGGUCUCUGAAAGGCACUAUAUGUAUAUAGAAACAAAGAGUAUAUUUGUGCUGCAGAGAAACAGAUAACUACUUGUAAACCUACCAUGGUGAGUUGGGCCGCAAUCAUAUUUUGACUUUAAGAAGCAUUACAAGGCCCCCCUCACUGUGAAAAGCGAAACCCUUUAGGUGCCAGAAGUGUACAGUAAUGUUGCGACACAUCAGUUGGAGAAACUUUUGACACAGAAAGGAUUCAUACUUUAUGCCAGAGUCCACCCUGAAUGCUGUAUGGUGGAGAACUAUGGCUUCAGUCUGCCUUUACUUACAAUGAGAAAGUAUAUAGAGGACUUUUCACAAGAAAGAUAAAGCACAGUGUAACCUUGUUAUGACUAGAUGAACUGAAUUGUAAUUGGUGGGAAGGGGUUAAUGCAGCUAAAUAUUUAGCACUGAUAUCUCUCAUAUAUCCAAGGCUUGCCGGCUUGGUUAACUUAUAUAGUACAGAAAGUUUUCAAGAUGGCCACCAACAUGAGCAGGGAAUCUUCAGGGCUGUCAAAGUUUAUUACACAUAUCCUGUUAUUUUCAGUGCUAAGUUGACAUCAGAAGAGAAAGCCACACAAGAAACUGUGCCUCACGUGGACGAGAGUUUUCUCUGCAUCUUCUUCAUGCUCGUCCAGGCUGCACAUCCCCCGGGUGUGUAUAAGAUUAUGUCUGUGGCCGAAAUAUCCAGGUGUUCAGAAAAGCUGCCGUUUACGAAAGAAUUAAAAGAUAAUUCUUAAG